AUGGAUGAGGGGCACACAAUGGUUCCCAAUGCCUCUCUGCUCCCCUACACUGUCAAACCUGAGGAUGUCCAGGCAACUACGGUGGGCACCAGUUCCAUAGUGCACAAUGUCACCAUCGUCCUCUUAAUGCUCACCAUUGUGCUCGGAAUCACAGGGAACUCCAUGGUGAUCUGGGUAGCCGGCUUCAAACUUAAGCUGACGGUCACCAAUGUGUGGUUGGUGAAUUUGGCAAUAGCGGACCUGAUCUUCUGCUUCACACGAGUCUUCUCCCUCACUCGGUUGUUCUUGUCAGGUCAUUGGCCUUUUGGCCUCUUCCUCUGCAAGUUCAACGGCUUCUUCAAAUACACCAACAUGUUCUGCUCUGUCUUCCUGCUGGCUGUGAUCAGUCUGGAUAGAGUGCUCUGCAUCUGGUGGCCAGUCCGCACAAAGCGCCGACGCACCCUGUGGACAGCGAGGGUGGUGGCAGUCUGCGUCUGGAUCACAGCUAUCCUUUUCAGCAUUCCCUACUUCAUUCAUCGUCAAACUUACAUAGACAACAACAACCUGACUAAAUGUUCUAUGAACCCAAAAAAGAUGGCAGAGGACCACAACAGCACCAAAGUUGCUCUCUAUUCCAUCCGUUUCUUGUGUGGCUUCAUAUUUCCCUUCAUGGUCAUUCUCAUCUGUUACAUCCUGGCUGGUGUGGGCAUCAGACGUACCCGUUUGGUGGCGAAGUCCCGGCCUCUGCGUAUACUAGCAUGUUUGGUCAUUGCCUUCUUCCUGUGCUGGGCACCUUACCACUGCCUCAAACUGGUGAGAAUGAACAAUGACGAUAAUGUUGUGAUGAAAAACUGGUACCCUGUAGCAGAGAGUAUUGCCUACUUUAACAGCUGUGUGAACCCACUGCUGUACUUUUGCAUGGGGCUAAAAUUGAGGGAUUGGUUUAAAAACGGUCUGAUGGGAGUUUAUACAAGGGCUCUGACGGAUGAUACAGGUGGCCAGAUUACUCCGCGCACUGAUCAGUCUUUGGAUUGAAGCUCUGUGUU